AUGCUGGCUAUAUUUAAAUUUUACAGGUCCUUUGGUACCAAAUCUCGGCGAUUCCAACCAUCUUGGUUGAAAGACCAUCAUUGGAUGCGCUAUUCUAUUUCCACCGACUCUGUGUUUUGUGCGUACUGUUUCUUAUUUGGCAAUGCUGAUUCGAAAGAAAAAUCGUUCUUAUCCAGUCCAAUGACAGACUGGAAAAAUCUGCUAUCACUUGGGCGGCGCCAUGAAAAUUUAGCAUUUCAUAAGGGUUGUGUAACGGCGGGGGAAGAAUUUGUACGAGUAAGUGAAGGGAAGGGAGAUACCGUUGUGAGCAUGCUAUCAUCAAGCCACAAAAAACAUACUGAGAGAAAUAGACAUAUACUUAAGACAAUUAUCGAAGUGCUAUUACUAUGUGGUAGGCAGAACAUCCCUAUAAGGGGACACACUGAAGAUAAGAGUAACUUCAUUGCCAUCCUUUCUGAAUUUGCCAAGAGAGACCCCGUCUUAAGCGACCACCUUGCCACGCGUCACGCGUCACGCUCUACCUACUUAUCCCCUGAUAUCCAAAAUGAACUAAUCAAUCUGCUUGGAAACCAGGUGCGCAAAAACAUUGUGGAUUCUUGCAGGAAUUCUAAGUUUUUCGGCAUUAUUGCUGACGAAUGUACCGAUUCCUCUACAAAAGAACAGAUGUCUUUGUGCAUUAGGUUUCUUGAUAGUAUCGAUGGUUGUCUUGAGAUACGAGAAGAGUUUGUUGGCUUUAAAUAUGCAGAGAGUGUGAAAGGUAUGGCAGUUUCCAAUAUCAUCAUUGAUUUUCUUGCUGAAUUGAACCUGAAUAUUCAGAAUCUACGAGCUCAGUGCUACGAUGGAGCUGCUAACAUGUCGGGGAAAUACAGUGGCGUCCAGGCCAGGAUACUUCAAGUUGUUCCCGAGGCUUCUUAUGUUCACUGCAAAGCACACUCGCUGAAUCUUGCAUUGAUACACAGCAGCAAGGUUAUGUGCAUUCGAAACAUGAUGUCAACAGUGCAGGAUGUGGCAUUUUGUUUUGAUUAUUCUGCAAAGCGUUUGAAAGCAUUCUCCGACGAACUGGCUGAAAACGAUGACGUACAGGAGCAGAUGGACCGACGAACAAAACUCAGAACACUGUGCGAAACGCGUUGGUCAAGUCGAGCAGAUUCACUGUUCACCUUCCGCUCAGCUUUCCCCGUGGUCGUUGCUGCCCUCCAAUCACUUGAAGAUGCUAAAGAUGAGAAGGCAUCGCAAUACUUAGCUGCUAUUUUGAGAUUUGAAUUUAUCAUUGCACUAGUUGUAGCGGAACACGUUUUGAGCUCUACAGUAGCCUUAACAAACUAUCUUCAAAAAAAGGACAUAGACCUUUUAGAAGCAGUAACAGAGGCCAAAGUCGUUAUCAGGAGAUUAACUGAUGAAAGAAACGACAUUAGUGUUUGGGAUGCAUUGUAUGGCAGGGCAACUGAAAUAGCUGCAGAGCAUGACUUGCAGCCAUGCGUUCCAAGAAGAGCAGGACGUCAACAACACAGAGAAAAUCAUCCCCUAAACAACCCGUCGGAUUACUGGAGAGUUUCGUUGUAUCUCGUCUUUUUAGAUCACCUGGUAAACGAAAUAUCUAGUCGAGUAACAAAGAACGAAGAGAGAUUUUUAAUUUCGUAUUUGCUACCAGCCAAACUGCAAGACCUUACAGCGGAUGUUACAGAUCGUCUGUACAACGCCUAUAAGUCAGACCUCACUAGCAAAGUAGAGUUUGUGGAUGAAAUAACAAGAUGGAGGAUUAGAUGGAAUCUUGCUGGUACCGAUACAGGACCGAAUAAAAUCAUCGAUCUCCUGAAUAAAACCAACAAAGACAUUUAUCCUGGCAUUUUCUGCGUUCUGUCCAUUUUCUUGACCAUGCCAGUAUCCUCGGCCUCUAGUGAGCGUUCGUUUAGUGCGAUGCGUAGAGUUAAAAAUUAUUUGAGAACAACUAUGGGAGACGAAAGGAUGUCCAAUCUUUCUCUGUUGCAUGUACAACGUCAUAUGCCAGCUGACAUUGAUGCUAGUAGUGCAAAUGAGUCCUAA